GGGCACGUCUUUAGUCUAUUGCCCAAUGAUCCAUCGUCCAUCCGUCGUCAAAAAAGAAAUUACAAAGUAAAAAUUGCCAACAGGCAACAAGCAAAAACACCAAAUUACUCCAAGAACUAUCUACGGUAAACUUCAAAACAUUUUUAUAACAUGAAAGCCAAUUGAAAGAAGUUUGUAUAAACAUUUCCGUAUAUUUUGAAACAAUUAUUACUUAUCCACAAUGAUGCAGUUUAUGCUUCUAUUUAGCCGACAAGGCAAAUUACGACUGCAGAAAUGGUAUGUGGCUCAUCCAGACAAGCUGAAGAAGAAAAUCACCAGAGAAUUGAUUACCACUGUUUUAGCCAGAAAGCCAAAGAUGUGUUCCUUCUUGGAAUGGAAGGAUGUUAAGGUUGUUUACAAAAGAUAUGCAUCAUUAUACUUCUGCUGUGCUAUGGAACAAGAAGACAAUGAGCUUCUCACUUUGGAACUCAUUCAUAGAUAUGUUGAGCUACUUGACAAGUAUUUUGGCAGUGUUUGCGAAUUAGAUAUAAUUUUCAACUUUGAAAAAGCGUACUUCAUCCUGGACGAGUUGGUACUCGGUGGUGAAUUGCAGGAGACCAGCAAGAAGAACGUCUUGAAGGCCAUCGCUGCACAGGAUCUGCUCCAGGAGGAGGAGACUCCGCAGGGCUUCUUCGAGGACCACGGGCUUGGAUAAAUCUACGGAGACCACGCAACAGCAGCCGCAGCUCGAAAAGAACUAUUAGGUUAUCUCCUGCAGUAAUUUGUUAGAAAUCAAUAUAUCUAUUACUAUUAUUAUGUUUAAGCUGUUAGUGUUUAUUCUUUUUGUGAUUGGCUUAAUUUCUUAGGUAGGUUGUUGAGCACAAUAUUAAGCGUAUGGUUUCUUUUAAAUCAAUGUACUUAAAAUGUUAAAGGCACGGUUUCAUUUGUUUUUGGCACGGUUAUUUUACAUGUAUAUAAGGGAGUCAGAAAACGUUAAGUAUCUAUUACAAAUAUUAUAAUGCAGACAUAAAAUGUAAAAAGAUGGUUUCUAUAUAAUUUUUACUGCGCAGUUAGUUUUUAAUCUUAUCUUUUAGGUAAUUAAGAAUCGCUUUUGAUGGAUUAUUUUUAUCAAAUGAAAUUCAUAACGAGUAUUACUUUAACAAAUUUAGUAGGUAAUACAUUAAAAUUAUUGAUAUUGAUAAAGUUUUAAUCUUGGACGUAUGUAAAUUAAGCAUUUAAAUUCUUACUUAUUGUUAUUUACGAUCGAAUAAUAAUUCAGUUUUAAAUGGCAGCUUUUAAAAUAUUUUGUGUAAUAAAAUAUUCUUGUGCUGCUAUUAUUCAUAAAGUAUUAUCAACGAGUGUCAAGUAAUAAAUGCCAAUAAUAAAAAAAAAUAUCCAAACUAUAUUAUGUUAUGUAUAAUAACGAACAACAUUUUAUCUUAUUGUUAAAUGAAUUCUGUUGUGAAACAAAUAUAGAAUAAGUAAUGUAUGAAAUAUCGGUAUUAUUAAAUACUUAUUUUAAAA